CUCGCUCUCCACAACGCCAAGCGCGCCAUCCACAACACGCCCAACCUGACCUGGAACCAGACUCUGGCAGACUACGCCCAGACCUACGGCUCGAAGUGCGUCUUCGCUCACUCCAAGGGUCCCUACGGUGAGAAUCUCGCCGUCGGAUCGCCCGCUUCCUCAUGGAGCAGCGCGGACCUCUUCCAGCUCUGGUAUGACGAGGGCAAGGGCUACGACUACAGCACCACGACUUUCAACUCUGCCACUGGACACUUCACUCAGCUUGUUUGGAAGAACAGCAAGCAGCUCGGAUGCGCCAUCGUUACUUGCGAU